UAUUGCAACAGGAUGUAUUACCGUGUUAUUUUAAUAUGAAUGGAAUUUCCAUAUUGAAAUUCAUAUGACAUGUUAUGAUAUUUGAAGCAGGACCCUCUUCACAGGAAUAAUUCCAUUCAUUCACAUGGUGUAACUGACAUUAAGAUCAUGACUUCCUUGGAGAGACAAAGCUCUUAUGGCGCUGCACGUUCAGUGAAGAAAUUUGGAAAUUUAACAGAAAUGAAUUUAGAACUACUUAAUUGUCAUCGCAACAAUAUUGAAAGGUUAUCAAUUCAAGAAAAAUGGACUUUAUUAAACAAAGAACAGAUCAAUGCAACAAGUACAGUACAGCAAGUCAAAGUAAACAUUAUAGAAUUAGAAAAGGUUCGAGGUCUGAUUAAUCAUGACGAUUUACACAAAUUUGAUGCCCAUAUUGAUGAGGUUAAAUUAAAGGCAAUGCAGACAGUGGAAGAUUUCAUCUUGCUUGGCCGAAGCCGAAGUUCUUCUCCAACAGAAGUACCGGUAGCGACAGAGAGUUCCAGCUCUUCUUCCAAUCAGCACGGGAUCCCCCACACUCCUGCUUAUAAUAUACACAGACCAAAUGAUUCUUCAGAUGCACUGACACCGACCAUGACAGAUCCACAUCCAGCAUCAAUUAAUCCAGAAACAUCUGCAUCGUGGGAACGUUUACAAGAGGCUUUAGUUGAUUUAUUUUCCACGAUACACCAAUAUUCACCGAUAGUUCAGGAACGAGAAGAGAAAGUUGAUACGAUAGAAGAAGAUAAAAUAGAAACAGCUCACACUGGUGUUCAACACGGUACCAGUAGUCUAGGACAGACAAAUAAAUAUAAAGCAGCCAUAUUUCCAGUAGCUGGUGCUGUGAUUGGUGGUGUAUUGGGUGGACCACUAGGAUUUAUCGCUGGUUUGAAACUAGGAGGAGCUGCUGCUGUAUCUGGUGGUGUGGUCGGGUACGUUGGUGGCCAGUAUUUGCAACAGAAGCAGGACGAAGAAGCAGGAGUAGAAUUGAAUAAUCUAAAUGUGACACGACAUAAGCCAUUGGAGGAUAUUUCAUCUACAACUGUACAAAAUACAUCUUAGUAUGAAAGUUGGUUGUGUCAAGAGCUACUGUUGAUAAAGAAUAGGAUAUUGAUUGACAUUAUAUUCAAAAUGUUUCUUCAAGUCCAGGAGUAAACUGUUUUUAAAGUGUGGGAAGGUUUUCUGUAGUUGCUUAUAGAACCGGAACUGGAUUUUAUUAAUUAAAUGUUAAAGUUUGUAGGUUGUGCUAAAAAGUACUGUUUAUAUUGCUAAAUAGUAUACAUAAAUUGUUUAUAUUGCUAAAUAGUAUUGUUUAUAUUCCAAAAUCAAAAAGAAACAAAAAUAGACUAUAUUAUAUUGUCAAGUAAUGUAAAACAAGUAUUUAUUGAAGAAAUGUUGAGACGAGAUUAUUUUUUAACCAUUUUUUAAUUAGCAUUAGUUACAUGACAUUAAUACAAUAAUUUUUGUAAACUUAUAAACAUAUUUAUUAGGGUUAUAUCGUUAAAAAGUACAUUUUGUUGGUGGGGGUGGGGCUAUAAAAAGUGUCAUUCCCAUUCUCACAGGUACUUUUAUCUGGAAUAGUGCUAAAAUAGUUGGCUUUGAAAAUUCAAUUUUCAGAAAAGAACAAUCCAAUGUUUUAAAAUUAAUAUAUGUUUUCUCAUCUAGAGAGUUGAUUAUGUGUUCGGCAUGUGAAUAAAUGUCUAUUUAAUGAUUUCUAUAACAUUUACAAUAGUCAGAUUUAGCACCCACAAAAUGCGUCUUUAAUGUAUCCUUAAAAUUCAUAAAAUUCCACCCUUUAAAAUUGUUGUUAUUAUUAUGUUGUAUAUAGUGUCCAUAUUAUUAUGUUACACGGUUGUUUUUAUUAUGUUGUAUAUUAUGUCCAAUUGUCCAUAUGUUACAUUGUUGUUAUGAUAGUUUAAACAUAAUAUUUUAUUACUUUAAAAUAAACGGAAUUUUACGGAUCGAACAAAAGUUACUAAAACUUACAAAGGAGUCCUCUCCAAUACAAUAUAAUUGUCGUAGUUGCUCAGUGAAACAAAGUUAUGAUAAGGCUAAUUAUCAUUCUCUUUCAUUUAACGGUGUAUAACUAAGUAUUCAAUAAUAGUACUUAGCUAACUAAGGUCAUAAUUUCUUUAUCUGUCUGUGUCCUAAUAUGCAAUUUUGAGAGUUUGUUAUUUUAUUUGAUAAUAGAGUUUAUAAAAAAGUUUGAAUGAUG